UAAGAUGAUGAGAAGCUGUUGGCUCCUCUUUGCUGCACUAUAGUGCUUGAGUUAUUCUGAGCAGUUAAUAUCAAAAGCUUUAGAUUUCUUUUUAUUUUGUUUCACAUUUGCAAUUGAAUGUGAAUUUAGUAUUGUUUUACAUUUAUUUAAACAAGGACAAGUGUCUAAAACAUGAGUAGUGCUUUUGGUAUAGUUGUAUUCCAGCUUGCUGUGUACUUCAGUUGCAUUUUGCAAGGGAGCUGCCAGCAGCAGAGAAACCCAAAUGGCCAUAAUGCCUUAUGGAGGCAGAGGGUGCAGUGGCAGAGUAACGGAAGGGUAUUCAGCUUGCUGAGCCAAGGCUCUGAGUACCAACCUGCCCGGAAAAGGGAGAGUGCAGCCGGUGCUCCACCUAACCCUGUGCUCCUGCUCAGCAGCAGGAACAGCUCUGUGACUAAUGGUGCAGGGAGAGAAUCCCAGGCUUCCAGACCUGAGCCACCUCAUACUGGGGAGCGACAGGACACCACAGCACAGCAGCCAAGAGCACCUGUCAAACGUCACUGGUUCCAGGCAAAUAGACAGAGCAGUCCAGCUGAAGAUGCUGCAGGGAGGCAGCAGAGUAGUGCGCAGGAUACUACAGACGGGCGCCAGGGUGCAGCGCUUCCUCAGAGCGCACAACCAUCCCAGACUGUGAAUAGGACAGCUGGCGGCAGGGCUAGACUGGAUCAGAUGCAGGGGGAUGAUCCAUAUAAUCCCUACAAGUACUCAGAAGAUAACCCCAACUACAACUACUAUGACGCAUAUGAGAGGCCAAGAAGACGCGAGAGACAAAGGCCCGGCUAUGGCACCCGCUAUUUCCAAAAUGGUCUUCCAGAUUUAGUUCCAGAUCCUUAUUAUAUACAAGCCUCUAUUUACGUGCAGAAAAUGUCCAUGUACAACCUACGGUGCGCUGCUGAAGAAAACUGCUUGGCAAGCUCAGCAUAUCGCUCUGAUGUCCGGGACUAUGAUCAGAGGGUGCUUCUUCGAUUUCCACAAAGAGUGAAAAAUCAAGGUACUGCAGACUUCAAGCCAAGCAGACCUCGGUACUCCUGGGAAUGGCACAGCUGUCAUCAACAUUACCACAGCAUGGAUGAAUUUAGUCACUAUGAAUUACUUGAUUCAAGUUCCCAAAGAAGAGUUGCGGAAGGUCACAAAGCAAGUUUCUGCCUAGAAGACACUUCUUGUGAUUAUGGAUACUAUAGGCGUUUUGCAUGUACUGCCCAUACUCAGGGACUCAGCCCUGGUUGUUAUGAUACUUACAAUGCAGAUAUUGAUUGUCAGUGGAUUGACAUCACAGAUGUGAAACCAGGCAACUACAUUCUAAAGGUUAGUGUAAACCCAAGCUACUUGGUACCAGAGUCUGAUUAUUCCAACAAUGUGGUUCGAUGUGAUUUACAAUUUACUGGAAAUCACGUUUAUACAUACAGCUGUGCAAUCUCUCCUUAUUAAAAUGCAAGAAACUGAUGGAUUAAACAAUCAAAUUUAUCUGGAAUUAAGAAGUCAUUAAAUUCAAUUGGAUGUAAACAGUUAUGAAUUAAAACACAAAUCUUAUAUAAUGUAUUGAGCAUAUGGACUUUGACGAAACCUUAACUGGAUUUUUAUAAUGCGCAACAGCAGAUGCCCUUGUCAGUGCUUUAAAAUAUGGAAUAUUUGGUUAAUCUGUGUACAAACAAUUUUAAAUCAUUAUUUCAUAGCAUACACACAAUGCAGUAAAAAAAAUAUAAUUAUGCAAAAUUCAGGUGCUACAAUUAUAUUCUUUUACAUGUUCUUGAGAAUUAAGCUAGAUAACUGGUAAUUACAUACAGUAAUGUGGAACUAUACAAUACUUUUUUUUAUAAUUAUAAGGAAAUUUGAACUGUAGGUUUACCUUUCUAAUUUAAAUCUGUAAAGUAUUUUAGGAUUGUGGCAUUAUUUUUAAUGGAUUAAAUAGUGGCACUGUCUGGAGUUGAAAACUGUGAGUGAAUUUCUUUGGAUGCAGUAAACACAUUAAAUGCACUCUGGCCAGCAGAACAGCUCCAUUGUGUUCCAGGGGACGUAGCAAUUAGUAAAAUCAUCUAAUACUUUUUAGCCAGUUUAACAAAUUAUACAAAACUGGAAGUACACACCCCAUUUUGAAAAUAUAUUUAUUGUAGUUCCCAAUAUAAUGAAAGAUUUAAAGGGAUAGUCUAGACAAAAUUAAACUUUCAUGAUUCAGAUAGAGCAUGCAAUUUUAAGCAACUUUCUAAUUUACUCCUUUUAUCAAUUUUUCUUCGGUCUCUUGGUAUCUUUAUUUCAAUGUAAGCUUAGGAGCCGGACCAUUUUUGGUUCAGCACCUGGACAGCGCUUGCUGAUUGGUGGCUACAUUUAGCCACCAACCUGAAAGUGCUACUCAGGUUCUCAACCAAAAGUGGGCCGGCUCCUAUGCUUACAUUCUUGCUUUUUCAAAUAAAGAUACCAAGAGAAUGAAGAAAAUGUUCUAAUAGGAGUAAAUUAGAAAGUUGAUUAAUAUUGCCGGCUCUAUCUGAAUCAUGAAAGUUAAUUUUUUGACUAGACUAUACCUUUAAAAUAUAGGCACUUUUUCUGUUACUAUAAAGAAGUAUAUAUAUUUUUUUUAUUAGAGUUUUGUUAUGGAUCUUUACAAAAUUGUUGUGUCUGUUCAAUCAAAUAGGAACAACUUUAUAGUCAUUGAGUGCAUUAUGCAGAAUUAUCUGUACCACAGGUUAAAAAGGUGCUAAAUUUAACUUGAAUUAAAUCCACAUAAGCCUAUGCUAUUUAUAGAAAGAAAGCUUGAUGUGUAUGAGAUAUAUGUGAAAUUCCACUUUGUUUUGCAAUUGUUUUAUCUCUGCUUUAAAAUGUCUUUAUACAUUUACUGUUUUAAAACUUCUUAUUUAUAACACUAGCUAUUUCUUAUUGUAUUUCUUUACUCAUGUUUUAGAUGCCUAUACUAGAGUUGCAAGUUCAUGUGAAAAUGACUUGAAUAAAAUGUUUCAAGUGCUUCAA